GUUUGUUGGCAGCCUGAAUUCUUUGUUACAUCACUGAAUAAUGGAUGAGACUAAAAGAGAAAAAGGAAAGAGACAAAGUCGAUCCAGAAACCUCCAGAGAGAUAUCCAAUUGGAUUCCAUCAUUUCAGAGCUAUGAAGACUUCAAGUGUAAGACACUACAAUCAUUAGAUGGCUUUAUGAUAAUACUGAGUGCAGAUGGAGUGAUAGUUUUUGUCGCUGGAAACAUCACUUGCCUUCUUGGCCAUUUACCAGAUGAGGUUGUGGGUAAAAAUUUAUUAAGUCUUCUGCCUGAUCAUGAGAAAAGUGAAGUCUACCGAAAAAUUGCUUUCAAACACUCUUUGUCAAGCUCAGUGGGAAAACAUAUUGAUUUUUGCUGUCACAUAAAGAGAGGAAACGAUAAACAUGGUAGUAACCCUACUUAUGAAUAUGUGAAAUUCAUUUUGACUUUAAAAGAUAUUUCAAUUGAGCCUUUGGUGCUCUUCAGUAGCUUCUUCCCUAGCCCCUCUUUUGCUGAAUCGUGUGGUACAUAUCUUCCUUUGGAGGAUCGAUUUUAUCUGGUGGGGUCCAUCUGUAUCUUCAGGACUCAGACUCUACAGGACCUUUUCACUGUAGAGAAAGCUGGGGAAGAUAUUCAGCUGAUAAGAGACUCAGAUGAGGAACAUCUAUCUACAGAGUGCAGAAGUGUUCAAGACCACAUAAGAAGUUCUAGAGUGGAAUCCCAGUUUGCUGAACCUGCUGCUACUACCUCAGAUGAUCAAGUUGAUCUUGUAACAGUCGAACGUUAUGGAUCACCAGAAUCUGUUCAUGAAAGUGAAAUAGAGUCUGCUACAUGUUAUGACUCCAGCACAUUUUCUGUGGAAAGCAUACCUGAAUCACCAGCUACAUCAUCUUUGCAGAGCUUUGAAUUUGAACCUGAGGUGGAACAGGUGGAUGAUAUGUAUGAGGUUCAACAGGUGGAUGAGGUGGAAGAGAUGAGCCAGAUGGAUGAGAUGGAAGAAGUGGAACAAGCAGACAAGGAAGAAGAGGUGGAGCGAGUGGAGGUGGAGGAGGAGGAAGAGUUGGAGCAGGUGGAGGAAGUGGAGGAAGAGUAUCAGGAGGACCAGGAGGAGCAGGAGGAACAGGAGGACCAGCUGAACCAGGUGAAUCAAGAGGACCAGCUAGACCACGUGGAGCAAGAGGACCAUCUUGACCAGGUGGAGGAGGAGUCCCUCUCAUCCUCCAGUGUGGCUGCUAGCAUCAAUGAUGAGCUAUUACAACAACCACCAUCAAUUGCACUGUACAUCAACAAACGCGAGCUGGAGCUGAUGAAGACGUUUAGGGAGCAGCUGGAAGACAAGACUCGGAUGCUGCAGGAUGGCAUCAAAAACCUGCAAGACACACUUGAAAUGAUGACAGAGCAGUUUCGGAGAAUGCAGGAUUCCAGCUUUCAGAUUCAGCCAACCAUGUCAUACCACAUUGACUGUCCUGAGCCUCAGUCUUUGGAGCCAAUGCCCAAGAAACCACGCACUGACAAAAUGGAAGGACUCCUUCCAGAUUUCAAGGAGACCAGCCUUUCCUGUGGUUCAUGUUUAUACCACUAUUUCAAAUUCCCUGAGGAGCUUGAGGAGCCUUGCAAUGUCUCCAACCAGGGGCAGGAACAAUACCUGCAGCAGCAGUUGCAAGAGAUACAGGAACAGCACAUGCAGCAGCAGAUACUUCAGGAGCAGUCACAGCAGCAUAAUGCCACUGUGGGAAACCAGACACUGAAAACAAGCCUGCCAAACCAGGCUGACAUGGCUAUGCCCCUCUGUGAUGACCCUAUUACAUUUAUGCAGAACCAGCCCACUGUUGUUCCUGUCCAGUUAGUAGCUGGACAGCAGCCCUCUGAUGGCUAUCAAGAUGAAAACCUUGGGGACCAUGAAGAUAACAGUCAGAGUUUUCUUCCUAAGGACCAGCAGGGGUCCCCCAUGAAUUCGCUGUUACUGGUGUAUACUCCAAGCUCUGAGACAGGUUCUUCUACCAGCUGUUCUGAGUCUUCCAUAAAUUCUGACUCAAACUUAGUCACUUCGGAGACCUCGAAGGAUUACAUCCAACUUUGGCAACAGCCAUCGGACCCACAGUAUGAUCUUUACUUCCAAGAGAAUACUUGUCCUUCCAGUGAGCGGGCCUCCCUCCAGGACCAAGCCACCUGGGCCCAGCAGGUGCCAGCUACUGAGGUAGGAAUCCAGAGGUUUCCAGACUCAGAGGCUUCCCAGGACUCUGAUGAAUUAACACCAGGCCAAAUCAACUAUUUCAUGUCUGCAGAAUAGUCCAGUUUGGAUGAACACCAGCAAGACUUUCAUAUUGAACCUUGAGAGAAGAGGGACAGACAGACCAAUUAGGUCUGCAUUACCAGGGGAACUCCAAGGCUUACAGAGUCCCCUGGAGUGGGGGUUGGGGAAUGGGGAGGGUACUUUCUUUAUUUUCUUGACAAGUUCUGUUUGGGAUUGUUGAGCACACCCUGUUUCUUGGAAAUUGUGUUGCAGUGGCAGCCUAUGAUCCUUAGUGUGCUAAUAUGUGACAGCAGCCAGGCCAUAGCAGGAGACCACUUUCCCCACCUACUCUGCUUGACCUUGCACACACCUAUUCCACCAUAGGCAGGCAGGUUGCAGAAUCUGCGAGUUAGAAUACCUUUUUUUCUGCCAAGAAACAUUUUCCAGCAUGGUUUGCAAUCUAGUAAGAAGCUGGUCUGUCUUAAGCCACAAGCCAAAGCCUUGGCCUUGAUGACCAAGCCUUGAAUUUCCCCUACGGUCAUGUUUGGGAAACCGCAACAGCAUUCCAACUGUGGGAAGCUACAGUCAGAUUAACACAGGUGCUUUGUAAUGAA